GGGGAACGGAUUUUGUUGAUAUACGACGUAGGCUGCUACUCACUUGUCGGAAAUAAUCACCAAGUGCAACCGCUUUCUUUGGGCAGAGGAUGCGAUAAGAUUGGCAUCGCCGCCCACGAAAUUGGCCAUUCUCUCGGCUUUUUCCAUACACAUGCAAGGCACGAUCGUGAUCAGUAUAUUUUCAUUCAUAGGGAUAGAAUCAAGCCACAAGACCUUAGUCAGUUCAAAAAAGAGUCCCCACAUACAAAUGACAACUUUGGCAUACCGUAUGAUUAUGGGAGCGUCAUGCACUACGGAUCCAAAGGCUUCAUACACGAUUGGCUGGAGCACGAACGUAAUGCACAUUCCAUGGUGCCCGUCGAUGCCCUAUACAUCGAUACAUUAGGAUCACCUUUCAUUUCUUUCUAUGAUUUGCUCAUGAUGAACACACUUUACGGGUGUUUGGAUAAAUGCAAACAAAAGCAACAUUCACCUGAGCAAAUUGUAAUCGAACGAGCACAUGCACCAGCUAUGAACGCCUUCCCACCAGCUUAUCCAGGCGGUUUUGGUGGUUUCGGUUUCGGUGGCCCACCUCCAGGCUUUAUUGGCGGUUCAAGCUUCAGCGGCAGGGGUUUCCCAGGCAGCUUCGGCGGCUUCGGUUUUGGCGGCGUUGGAUUUCCAUUCAUUGAUCAAAUGAUCUCAAACUUUAUCUUUGGUCCUACAGGCUGGGGGAAUUUACCCGGCAUGGGAGGCUAUACUCCCGGCUGGCCACCCUGUUGGGGCUGGGACGGGCCUUGUGAAACCACCACAACCACUACAGCCUCACCCAUCAGGCCUCGAACACCAGGGCCACCUGUCCCGUCCGUUACCGGUCCGAACUACUCAAGGGCGCAAUGUAAAAUGGGAGGUUUUCCACAUCCACGCAAUUGUUCAAAAUGCGUUUGUCCAGGAGGCUACGGAGGCCGUCUUUGUAAUGAAAGGCCAACAGGAAAAGGGAGAGUACUGAAAGCUUCUACAAAUUUCCAACAACUUGUAAACGAAGUGGGUUAUCCGCAAGUUAGGAGCACUAAUCCGAGGGACGACUACUUGUGGGCUUACUAUUGGAUACAGGCUCCUCAAGGAAGAAAAAUCGAAAUAAAGUUUAACUAUUUCACGGAAUUUAUCGCCACUCAAGGAUGCGAAUGGGCUGGUGUUGAAAUCAAAACACAGAAGGAUCAACGUUCGACCGGAUAUAGGAUAUGCUCUCCUGCAUAUUCUGGGAAGGUAUUUAAAUCGGAUAGAAAUCUUGUGCCUAUAAUGAUGUGGAGCAGAAUUGGACCAGCCAAGACAGUUCUACACUAUCGUAUGGUCUGAGCGUGUGAGCUGAGCAGUUUAACAACGUCGUGCACUAUAUAGCUGU